UGGAAGGAGUGGGGUGGCGGAAGGGUAUGAGAGGAACCAGGAAAGGGGAAAGGGAUGCUGCGUGUGUUGGCAUGGACCAGUGCGUCAACGGCUGUUGCCUCACACGAACCGCCGAAAUUAUAGUUAGUGACCCCAACGGGUGUUCCGAAAUACACCACAGAGUACCGUAGCACGCCCAGAAUAGAAGCAUCACCGAAGACUCCUCACGGAUAUCGUCCUAUCAUCCUUCUGGAAUAUUGUUCACGAGUUACCUCGAGACAUCCCAAGAGGAUCUUUCUAGGAAUCUCGAUGAUCCUGCCAAACCAAAUCCUACCCUCUCGGAUAAUAUCCUCAUUGUCAGAAGAUUUCGAGUGUGGAUAACGAACAGUUAUUAUUUGGAUUGGUGGUGUGCAAUCGCGCGUGUCCCUUGGAUGAAAUGCUUUUGAACGAUCUUAUCAGUGAUUAAUAUUCUACGUACACGGAGUGUUAUUACUACGAAGGGAAAUCUUUCGUCGGAGUUUAUCAUUUUGUGCAGUUUGUGAAUGUCGUGAUGUCCACGUUGAAGAACGUUCCUUCUUCAGAAUAAUAAUGUAACAAAGGUGUUCAACAUUCGUUCAUACGAGAUAUUAACUACAGAAAAGAUCGUUCGUCGAAUUGAAAUUAAUCUCGUAAAGGAGGAAAAGAAGAAGAAGAAGAAGAAGAAGAAUAUUUCAUUCAUAAAAAUGUUGCUAAAAAUCAAUCAUUUUCCUUUUGGAUUCGCUGAGAAUUCAUUUCAAGAAUGUUCUCAAUGCUCCAACGACUUAACGCACCAACGUGUUUAACUAUUCGUCCAAUGAUAUCUCGAGUUUCAAUUAAAACCUGUCAAAAUCGUAAACAGAGAUUCGCAGGGAUAUCAAAUAAUCGUGUCUCGAUCUGCGUAUCGUUUUUCUCUGGAAGAGGCAACAAGCAACGAGCUUGAUCUUCGUUAAUUCGUACCUGGAUCGUGUAUCGGAAUCAUUCGUGAUACUUUGACCACAGGACGGGAGGGAAAAAAGAUGACGAAGUUUGCAACGUCGAACGAGAUAUUAAAAGGAAUAAUGUAUUAAGAGAUUCAUCAUUAUUCGUUGUACGAACGAAAAGAUAAUGUUAAUUGAGUGAACUGGUCGAUAAGAAAGAAAUAUUUCGUUAGAGAAAUCAUUGGUGAUAUCGGAUGAGAAAAGAAUUGAGAUUCUAAAGCAUCUUUUGAAAACUGGGCUGUUCGGUGGUUCGAACCGAAUGGAAGGAUGUUUCAUCCGGCGUUCUGACUGCCUAUGGAUAUAUUCGACCGUUGCAACGGCGGCGGCGGCGGAAGCACGGUAACCGGAAGCGGCGGCGGUGCUUCGGUGAGGACAUCGAGCAACGAGUCUGGCAGUGGAACGUCUAGCGGUGGAAGUGAGAGCGGCGGAGGAUCGUCCAGCAGGAUGCAGUUGACAGGAGCUUCGGCUCCUGGGGCGGCUGCCUCACCGGAGUCCGGCGUCUCGCCAUUGACGGACGCUUAUACGAAAAUGACCAGCGAUAUACUUGCCGAGAGAACCCUUGGUGAUUUUGUUAGCGAGCAUCCUGGCGAACUCGUCAGGACAGGCUCACCGCAUUUGGUUUGUACCGUUUUACCAGCCCAUUGGAGAUCCAACAAGACAUUACCAGUGGCGUUUAAAGUGGUAGCUCUCGGAGAAGUCGGCGACGGCACAUUAGUGACGGUUCGAGCUGGUAACGAUGAGAAUUGUUGUGCCGAGCUAAGAAAUUCAACGGCGUUGAUGAAGAAUCAGGUGGCGAAGUUCAACGAUCUGAGGUUCGUCGGUAGAAGCGGCAGAGGAAAAAGUUUUACCUUGACGAUAACGGUGUCAACAACGCCACCCCAAGUGGCUACUUACACGAAGGCUAUCAAAGUGACCGUAGACGGCCCACGCGAGCCGCGAUCCAAGACCAUCGAAGAACUCAUCCAACAGCCAUGGCUUAGAUGGUCUACACAGAACAACUACGAAUUUGAAGUGCUGUCUCUUUUAGGGCAGCAACAACAGUUUCACGCAUUCGCCUUUGCCUCGCAACGUGGUGCACCAUUUUUCGCAUCCCCACUGGUGGAUCCUCUGCAGUCUCUACCGAAUCCUCUACAGCCGUUGCCGAACCCGUUACAACCACGGGAUCCUCUGUCGUCUUUCAGGCACGCGAUGCCUGGUAAUUGUCAGAACAUGUCUCAAUUCGGUUUGACGGCGAGCAACUCCUGGGGAUACGGAAGUACAGCAGGAUAUGCUGGGUACCUUCCCGGUCCUCUUUCGUCUUGCGCGGCACAAGCGUCUUUUCCACCCCCGCCACCUCCUCCUCCUCCACCACCACCACCGUCGUCUUCUUUGGCGUCCUUCGCUGGUACCGCUGCUAUGACCACGCCGACGGCUCCCGAUUCGACUGCGGGCUCGGCUGUCACUUCCGGUACCACCGGUACUACGCCUCAGCAGGACGCUUUCACCGGGGUAUCCUCGCUAGUACCGGACACGACAACGCCAGGUCAAUCCGAUCCAUUGGAUCCACUGAGCACGCUCAUGUCCGGCACGACGAGUCAAAGGUAUCAGGACUACGUUUCUCCAAGGUCCUUGUCAACGGACUCGAGCACCACGGAGAGUCCUGUUCACGAGGAGCAAGGAUUCGGCCAGAACUACGGGAACUACUUUCCAACGCCAGGCGUAUUGCCGAGUAUACUUUACUCUCAGCUUUAUGGGAAUCAAUUCCAGAACUCGGAGAGUCCUGAACAGAGAGCCGUCACCGAGAGUUGUAGCGUUAGACAGGAAGAGGUUAGACCGGAUAACAACGUCUGGAGACCUUAUUGAGAGAGAAACGAGGCGUCGGGUCGUCAUUCCCGAUCGUCAUUGAGCGUUCGGACGUUUUAAACAGACUGUGAUAGGUAUUCAAUUUUGGAUUAAACAACGAGAGUCGUUAUCGACGAAGCCGGCUGUUAUUGUUUUUGAACAGGAGCCGACGAUACAACGAGUCUCUAUUCAGGGCCGAUACGUGAAUGUUAUUAUUAUACGUCUCCUUUUCAUCGGGCCACAAAUUCGUUUUCAUUUCUUACUUGUUUCUUCUUCUUUCUUUUUCUUUUUAAUUUGUUCUUACUUCUCUUCCUUCGUGGUAGAUCCUCUCGAAUCGUCGAGAUCAUCGGAUCUUCGAAAGUACGAAAAAUAAAAAAAAAAAAAGAAAAAAAGAAAAACGCUUGGCUGUAAACGCACUCGUUUUCAGGAAUUUGUGCGUUAGGUGUUAAAUAAACUAUAGCUUCGCUACGGACUUCUUCCGAUUGUAUCUUCGAAUUGUAUCGACGAACUAACUUUGUCACGAUGCAAAGGGACAUUGGAAAGGUCUGUAAUUAAUUACGAAAAUGGCUCCUGCGAGCGAGAGUGUGCGACACGGCGCGGCAUGGUUGGUAUUAACGAUUAGGCCAAAUGGCGAUAUUGUAUAUAGUUGUACAUAGAUAAAAUGUCUGUCGUUUCGUCGAAUUCAUUAAUCGAAAAUGAUAAUGAUGAUGAUGAUGAUGAUGAUGAUGAUUAUAAUGAUGAUAAUAAUGAUGAUGCUGAUGAUGAUGAUAAUGAUGAUGAUGAUGACGACGACAACGACGACGACGACGACGACGACGACGAUGGUAAUGAUAAUGAUCAUGACGAUGAUAUUGAUACUAAUAAUAAUUAUGACGACGAUGAUGCUAUCGAGAUACGACGCGAGAGACGAUUUAUUUCUUUAUGUUUUCAUAGUAUAUAUAUAUAUAUGUAUAUAUAUAUAAA